AUGACUUGUAACUUAAGUGGCAAAAAACAGGGUGGCGGUGGUGAUGAUUGUGGUGGAGACGGCGACAAUGGUGGAGAAGUAGAUGCAUGUGAUGAUGGCGAUGGUGGUGUUGGUUUUGGCGGUGGUGGCGAUGGUGGUGUUGGUUUUGGUAGUGGCGAUGGUGGUGUUGGUUUUGGCGGUGGUGGUGUUGGUUUUGGCGGUGGCGGCGAUGGUGGUGUUGGUUUUGGCGGUGGUGGCGAUGGUGGUGUUGGUUUUGGUAGUGGCGGCGAUGGUGGUGUUGGUUUUGGUAAUGGCGGCGAUGGUGGUGUUGGUUUUGGCGGUGGUGGCGGUGGUGGUGUUGGUUUUGGCUGUGGUGGUGUUGGUUUUGGUAGUGGCGGCGAUGGUGGUGUUGGUUUUGGCGGUGGUGGCGGUGGUGGUGUUGGUUUUGGCGAUGGUGGCGAUGGUGGUGUUGGUUUUGGUAGUGGCGAUGGUGGUGUUGGUUUUGGCAGUGGUGACGGUGGUGGUGUUGGUUUUGGCAGUGGCGGCGAUGGUGGUGUUGGUUUUGGCGGUGGCGGCGAUGGUGGUGUUGGUUUUGGCGAUGGUGGUGUUGGUUUUGGUAGUGGCGAUGGUGGUGUUGGUUUUGGCGGUGGCGGCGGUGGUGUUGGUUUUGGCGGUGGCGGGGAUGGUGGUGUUGGUUUUGGCGGUGGCGGCGAUGGUGGUGUUGGUUUUGGCGGUGGCGGCGAUGGUGGUGUUGGUUUUGGCGGUGGCGGCGAUGGUGGUGUUGGUUUUGGAGGUGGCGGCGAUGAUGGUGUUGGUUUUGGCGGUGGCGGCGAUGGUGGUGUUGGUUUUGGCGGUGGUGGCGAUGGUGGUGUUGGUUUUGGCGGUGGUGGCGAUGGUGGUGUUGGUGGCGGUGGCGAUGGUGAUGGCGGUGGUGGCGGUGGUGGCGAUGGUGAUGGCGGUGGUGGCGGUGGUGGUGUUGGUUUUGGCGGUGGUGGCGGUGGUGGCGAUGGUGAUGGCGGUGGUGGUGUUGGCGGCGGUGGCGAUGGCGGUGAUGAUGAAGAUGGUGGAGAAGUAGCACUAGGAGUAGGAGGAGAAAGUGGAGAGCUUGGAUUAAAAGGGUCCUCAUUGACAUAA